UUCAUUAUUUUUUAGUUGCUACUGUCACAUCUGUUUUCUCUCCUCUCCUCAACUUUCUCCGUGCACAGAAUUCUCGAGGCCUUUUCUCAAGGUUAGUAUAUUUUAUUAUUCAUUUAAGGGAAAUUCGACAUGGCAGCAUCGAACUUUCAUUAAACUUGAGUAGUAACAUUUUUAUAAGAUUUUUCCAAAUAACAUGUCACCCAUCUAAUUUCGAAUUCCACUCCUGCGAUACUGUCCUUCACCAUCUCCCUCCUUCUCCGAAAUCUACAAGCAAUAUCCAACACAGAUAUUGUUUAUUGAAGAAGAAAAUGGCGAAUUCUGAUGAUGAGAUAGAGGAUUUGCCGAAGUGGGUGACAAACUAUUACUUUGAAGAUGAUACCGAAGAGCCAAUUUCAUUUUCUGUUCUGCCUUUUUGUUGGAACACAGCUGAGACGACGAUAAACACCCAAAAGAAAAUAUACGUUCGUGGUAAUGCAAAUGAUGGGCUGGAAAAAAUCUUUAAGCCUGUGAAAGCUUGGAGGUUUGAUAUUUCGGGAGCAAAACCCGAGAUUUCUGUUCUUUGUAAGGACAAUAAUUGGAUUAACUUCAAAAGCCAAGGACAAGCUUUGAGGAAUAUGUUAGGACGGUUUUAG